AUCUGUGUUUAAUUCAAAAUAAUAUCUGGCAGAAUGUCUUAUUAUGGUUUGUUGGUUUUUACAAGGGUAUUUAUUUUUGUAUUUGGUAGUUCUCGCUUCAACACGCUUCCUCUAUUUCCCCAGAGGACUGUGUGCCUUUAGGAUGCAUGGUGCUCAACAGUGUGUCCAAACUGCGUCCUCUGUGCCAAUCCAUGUCCAUGUUCUCCCUCCCCAACGCGCCCUCGCUGGCUGAUCUGGACUGGGACGAGGACCAAGCUGAAGAGCCUGAGUCCGGGCCAGCUGAGCCCCAUUUUGAUUCCAGGAGCCGUAUCUUUGAGCUGGACCCUUGUUGUGGAAAUGGCAAAGUGUGCCUGGUCUACAAAAACUGCUUAAAAGGUGUGGUGGCCCAGCAGUGUGAGGUGUGGUUCCUGGACCGUUCUCUGUACUGGCAAUUCCUGACACCCACCUUUACCGCUUACUACCGCUUGAUGAUCACUCAUCUGGGCCUGCCAGAGUGGCAGUACGCCUUCACCCCCUAUGGCCCCAGUCCUCAUGACAAGGUAAUGCAGUGUCCCUCUAAAACAGGCCUGUCCUCAUGACAAGGUAAUACGGUGUUUCCCCACUAGAAGGGGCUAUUCCUCAGGCAAAAAGGUGAUUCACUGCAUACAAGUUAAACAUUUAUUUGAUUGUCUCUUUCACUUUACAAAAUAAUAACUACCAUAAAAAAGUGUUGUAUUCAACUACCAAUGUUUACUUUCUUGACUGAAGCGCUGUCAUUAGGUCUAAUCAUUUGUUUUAUUGCACUGCCGCCCUCACAUACAUUGACCAGGUCUCACUGAAAAUUCCCAUUUCAGUAGUUUAACUGAAUUUUAUUGUAAAAGGAUUUACAGGAAGUUCAUAGAAAUGUACCUACUUUUUAUGGGUGCUAGCUACAGAACUCACCACUGCAGUUUAUAUCAAAGUUUGGGCUGGGCUGGACUAUGUGCUUGAGACAAAAACAACAUGCUCUCAUGUUUAUCUAUAAAGUGCUUCUAAAUAAACUGCCUUCUUAUAUAGUAUCGCUUAUUAGCAUUAGAAAUAUAACUCAGAAAAACAGAUCUCAGUCCUGGAUGACACUGGAGGCACCUGCAAUCUUCAAAUAAUUGGGUAUUACUGCCUUUUCCUGUUACACUCCUUGCAUAUGGAAUAGUCUGCAGACCAAACUUUAACAUGUGACUCUCGUCCACCUUGGCCAUUUUAAACAUUUAUUAUUGAAGGAUUUUUGUUUCUGUGUUGCUUUGUGUAAUUGCUUUGAGUAAUGCAAGUUAUUCUGCUAUUAGGGGAAUAACCUCUUUGUACAAUCUGCUGCAAUGUUAACUGUGAUCGUUUAACCAUAAAUUUGUUUUGUCUUGUUGCCUUGAUGCAGGGUAUUAUCUCAAGUUUAUCCAAGUGUGGGGAACACAAGGAUUGAGAUACCAGGGUGGUCAGAGUCCCCAUGGAGACAGGUGGUCAGAGUCCCCAUGGAGACAGGUGGUCAGAGUCCCCAUGGAGACAGGUGGUUAGAGUCCUCCGCAGACAUCAAUGCAGUGAUAAACUCACGAAAGGACUGACGAGUUUAUCCAAGCGCUUGCAGCUCAAGGAUUGAGAUUCCUGUGUGGUUAGAGUCCCCAUGGAGGGUGCUGCUUUAUUUUCUAUACAGUAUACAUCCUUUUAUUUCAAAUGUCACUUGUUUUUUGCUAUCCUGUGAUUGUUUUGUUUUGUCAGUUUUAUGUAACUUUGCUGUACCUAAACUGUAUGCCUAAGGACGGAUUACUGUUACAGUUUUUUUGUAAUCCAUUACUCCCCAACAUCAGUCACCUGGCGAGGUGUAGAGAAAGCCUCUGAUAUGUAGAUAGC